UUGGUGGAGGAGGAGGAGGGGAGGAAGUGAGAAAACAAAAGAGAGAGAUAGAUAGAUAGAGAGAAGGUUCCCGGCUGGGUGGCUGCUACUUCUCUCUCUUUCUUUCUGUUUCCCCAGUCUGUCUCUUUCUCUCACAGACACCGAGGCUUAGGAGGAGCUGCUGCUUUGCAUCCCUUCACGUCAGCCCUGCCUCAUUCCCUUCUUCCUUCCUGCCGGAGAGAGACGGUGCUGCACGCCGGGGAGCCGGGAGAGAGGAGACAUCCCAGCAGCGGCAGCACCUAUGCCGCCUAUCAAGAGACCCUGCGCCCCCCGCACUGGCCGGACAAAUCCGUUGUGAAGACGCUACAACAGUUGGUGCCUGAAGUCAACACUCCAUGUUAAUCAGCAGGGCACACCAUUUUGAUGAUAUGUAAAAUGGAACGGUUUACGGACUUUGGCACCCAGACAGAUGCUGUGGUGGUGCUAUCCAUUGCACAGGCUGCAGUUCUGGGCCUGGUGUCUGACAAUGAGCUGUUUGGUGCCACAAUCAGUCCAAGUGGUUUCUUUCCUGCCUCCCGGAAUGACUAUUCAGAUAAUGGACCCACUGAGGCUGAACAGCCAGAAGGUGAGACCUACCUGAGCUCAGGGGGAAAGGUUGCAGCUGAGCCUCUGGAAGACGAGGUCUUGGACUCAGAAAAACACACAAGAAGGAAGAAGCGGUUGCCAGUUAGAGUCGUUCCGAAAAUUAAAUAUGAAAAGCCUGAGGAGGAGAAAGAUGAUGGAGAGAUCUGCCAAGUAGUGGUAGAAGCCAAAACUGAAGAGGGAGAAAGUGAGGAAACCAUUUCACAGGAUAUUCAGGAGCAGACAUGUGAGAAUGCCGUGCAAAACAGUACUGUGAAAAUGAUUGACCUCAGCACAUUCCGCAGAAGGCCAAAAAGGCCUCGGCACUUUCGGGAAAGACAACGGCAUGAGAUGGAGUCAGACUAUAGUCACAUUUUACAGCAUCCCCUGCAGAGCUCAUACCCUCUUCCACCUAUGCCUUUGAUACAAGGGAAUUCCAAUUUGGGGAGUAUGCAAAGGCAAUGCAGUUUUAGCCCUAGCUUAAUGCAGCAUAGUGACCCCAGAGUCCAAAUUGUCGGAUCUCCUAAGACAGAGGAAAAUUUGCAUAACUACAUUUGGCCGGAGCCUAACGAAUUUGAAACAGACCCAAUUGAAACAAUUGAGCGUAACAAAAAGGCCCAGCUGGACAGGCUAGACAUAAAUGUCCAGAUUGAUGAUUCUUAUCUGGUGGAGGCUGGUGACCGCCAGAAGCGGUGGCAGUGCCGGAUGUGUGAGAAAUCCUAUACCUCAAAAUACAACUUAGUCACACACAUACUGGGGCACAGCGGCAUCAAGCCCCACUCCUGUCCACACUGCAACAAGCUUUUCAAGCAGCCAAGUCAUUUACAGACUCACCUCCUCACUCACCAAGGGACAAGACCGCACAAGUGUGAGGUAUGCAACAAAGCGUUCACACAGACCAGCCAUCUGAAAAGACACAUGUUACUCCACACAGACAUCAAACCCUACAGCUGCCGUUUUUGUGGCCGGGGCUUUGCCUAUCCCAGUGAACUGAAAGCCCAUGAAGUAAAACAUGAAAAUGGCAGAUGUCAUGUUUGUGUUGAAUGUGGUCUGGACUUUGCUACUCUAACACAGCUGAAGCGUCAUAUCUCAUCACACCAAGGACCUACAAUGUACCAGUGUAUGGAGUGCAACAAGUCCUUCCACUAUCGCAGCCAGCUGCAAAACCAUAUGCUGAAACAUCAGAAUGUGCGACCAUUUGUCUGUAAGGAGUGCGGCAUGGAGUUCAGUCAGAUCCACCAUCUGAAACAACACUCCCUUACACACAAGGGGGUAAAGGAAUUUAAAUGCGAGGUAUGUGGGCGGGAAUUCACUCUGCAUGCCAACAUGAAGCGUCACAUGCUGAUCCAUGCCAGUGUUCGCCCAUUCCAGUGCCAUAUCUGCUUUAAGACCUUUGUGCAAAAGCAAACGCUGAAGACUCAUAUGAUAGUGCACUCCCCUGUCAAGCCGUUCAAAUGCAAGGUGUGUGGGAAGUCAUUCAAUCGAAUGUAUAAUCUGCUGGGCCAUAUGCACCUUCACGCCGGAUAUAAGCCCUUUAAAUGCCCCUAUUGUUCCAGCAAGUUCAACCUAAAAGGCAACCUCAGUCGUCAUAUGAAAGUAAAACAUGGGGUGAUGGACAUCAGUUUAGAGAAUCAAGACCCAAUGAUGGACCUUCCAGACCAAGAAGCCAAUGAUAUGGACAGCCAGCAGGAAAUGGGUGACUACGAGGAGAACUCCUACACUUACAAGGAGGUUGCGAAUGUGUCUGAAGAUCAUUCAUUGACAGAACAGACUAUGAAGGAAAUGGUCUAUUAUAACGUCUUAUAGUUAAAAGACUAAAUUUCAGACAUGAAGGAAGUCCCUGAUUUUGGCUGAAUCUGUAAUGGACAAAUUGUAUUUUUUUUUGCAUCCUCUCACUAAUGAAAGAAAUAAGUUUGAGCUCUGGUCUUUGACAACAGAGCAUCAACCUGUCAGCUGUGACCUUGCCUUAGGCAAGCAGUAGUGGAUAUUGGGCCAGACCAGCUCAUUGCUUCCGCAGGUAUGGUCUUCUGGAGAAAGACCCUAUCUCAGUAGGUUCCUUUUUGUCUUGGCCGUGAGAUACCUCUUUGCCUUGAUAAGAAGAUGGACUUUAGGACAUUAUAGUAGGUCCUUUAUGGACCAUGCACAGACUGUAAUUUAUGUUUUUGUAGUUUGACACUGGUUAUAGGUUUGCUCUUUCCACUUAUCAGUUGUGUUUCUCUGUAUAUGAAAUACAGUCCAGUGGCUUGAGUGAUCGCUAUCAGGAAACCUAGGGUUGCAGAGGAGGUUAAGCUACUACCUUUGAUUCAAACUCAUUGUCUUACACUGAAAGAUCUGUUUGGAAUAGGACUUAUCAAUACAUAAAAUGUAAAUUAGAAUUCGGGCCAGGUGCAAGAAUGUUUCCCAUGUUCAUUAGGAAACAAACACUCAAGGCUGCAGUGCAGAUUACAUGGACCAGAGUACUGCUUACUGUCCAGGGAGAGGGAGAGUAAAGAGCACUACACAUUAGGCGAUAUGCCGCAGAGGUGCCUGAAGGCAAUACGGCUGGCAGGUGACCCGGCAGCGGUGGGGAAGUGACGGGGGGAGUGAAGUUUCUUCACUCCCCCAUUCACCCGGCCCCAUAGCAAUGCAUGCUAAUAUGGACAAGAUUGUCCAUAUUGGCAUGCAUGCAUAAAUGACACGGCACCAACGAACAAGCACGGAGCCGCGCAUCGUUCAUCAUUGGUGCCUACACACUGAAUGAUAUGAACGAUAUCUCGUUCAUUAAUGAAUGAGAUCGUUCAUAUCUUUCAUUGAUGUUGCCUAACGUGUAGAGUCUAUUACAUAUACUUGCUCUUUGAUAAAGAGAUUUUUUUUUUUUUUUAAAUAAAGUGAAAUGAGGAAGAAUGUGUUUAAUUAUAUACACAGUGUAACAAAUACUGCUGCCUUUCUACCUCUCCUGCUCUCUGUAUUCUGUCAUUAUUAUACUGAUAUUGUACUGAUUGUUACUGAUUUGUGGGUUGCACUGUGCUUUUUAGGAUAUAAUGUGAAAGGUUAUUUGACUAGUGGAGAAAUAAUAUUUUAAGUGUCUUAAAAAUCAGUUUGAUAUACUGAAUAGGGAAACUUCCCAGAUAUGACUGUUGCAGUGUCUGACUAGGGCAUGGAGGGCCCGCCAAGAAGUCUAAUUCUAAAGGCCCCCUGUAUGUUUGAAAAACACAUUUUAUGAAAUGUAACAUUUAAUUAUUUAAUUACACAAUUACACAAUCUACAGUAUAUAUUUAUCCAUGCUUUUAGAUAUUGAAGUAAAAUAACUGUUCUUUCAAUCAUUUCCUUAGGUCCUAUGUUUUGGGACACUUCAGAUGAUUCUCUGGUAACUUGAAUGGCCAGCCCAUCAUACCAUUGAAGUUACAAAGUUCCUUUGGGAAAGAUUCCAAACAAUUCAAAUGAGAACAUACCUCAUAAAGAAACCAGAACCCUGCUGGGAGCCACUAUUUCAUAUUAAAGGCUUUCCAAAAGCCAUUGUUUUUACUAUGUAGCCUUACUGCCAAAGCAAACUAGAAAUUGCACUUAUAUGGGCUAUAAGAAUCCCUAUAGAUGGUUUGUAAGGGAAUUUUCAUGUACUGUUACUACAUAUAUUUGUCGCAUUGUAAAAACGUUUGCUGAAAAUGGUUUAUAGAUUAUAGUCCCCGGCCAUUCUGCUAGUUGAGGCAUGAUAUGAGACAGAGGUAAUUUUUACCAUAAUAGAAAAUGUACAUUUUAGAAGAUCAGAAGCCUAAAUGUAUUUUUGACAUUGGUUUGCGGAUGAUUUGAAUACCCUAGCAACGUCACUAGAACUGCCAGGAGAUACAUGUAUAUAAUCAGCACUAAUUCGAGGCUGUAAACGCCCCAUUUAUACUUGCACAAGACUACAAAUGAAAGGCUUAGCAUCUGCAAUGUUACUGAAGUAAUAAAACAAGGAAAUUGACAGCUCCAGCACUGACCUACUAUAUAUAAAUGAGACAAAUGUGAUUUGAUUCUUAAGGGCCCCAUACACUAGGACGAUUAUGCCCGAUUUCAUCCGAUUUCGGGCAUUCGGCCUGAUAUAUCUGAUGAAAUCUGGCAUUUUGGAGGCAUAUCCGAUCCGAUGCGCGUACCCGUUAGCAUCGGAUCCUCCAGAUUGAAUGUGCUGCACAUUUAGUCUGGUCCGACCCCGCAGACAUGGCUGGGAUCGCCCAAGAUGCAUCGUAAGCAAAAGGACAGCAUACGAUGUAUCUUGGGCGAUCCUGCCCCCCGGGAGGCUGCUGGGGGUGAUCGCCCGCGACAUGUCAGACGGACAUGUCGCGGUAGUGCAUGGGGCCCUUUAGAUUGUAGUGGACAAAGCAGAGUGUUCUGCCAGAGAGUCACAGCUGCAAAGAAUCUGCUUCCACCAACGGCACAGGUGUCUUCAGGUAUUGACAUUCAAGCAUUGUUGCUGCCUUUUUUGAAAUAUGUAAGCAGAACAGAGAUCUAUUGAUAUUUCAAUGCUGUGAUUUCAGGCAUUUGACAGUUCUCAGUGUAUAGUCCCCAAUAAUAGCAUGAUCAUAAUUGAUCUUUUUUUCCCCUCUUCUUUAUCAUUUAUUAAAUUGUGAAAUUUCAGAUAACUUUUAUUGGGAAGGACUGCAUUAUUGGAUAUUGUCCUGUAAUACUAUUAUUGUCCUCUGCUUAUAAUCAUUGUUUGUGACCUUUGUUAGAUUUUAUGUAACAGAUUGGAUUUUCUUAUACUUUCAUGAGACACUGAGACUGUGGGGGGUAUCCAAUUAGAGGUGAAGAAACAUCAGGUGAUUUUUUUUCCUGAUGUUUCACCCAUAUUUAUUUACAGGCUAUCCGUUUUGGUUGCCCAUAAAAAAAAUACAUUCAGUGAAACCUGUGUGUUUUCGGUAGAAACAGACAGACAGUUUUCAGGGAUUUGGUUUAGCCUGCAGGAUGCAGGUAAACCAAAAUCACCAAUAAGCCACGCCUUAUGUCGGCUUAUCGGGGAUAAUAGGAUAGCCCCCGGCAGGACAAUUAGCUCAUCCAAUUUGGUAAAUUACUUGUGUUGCGAAACUGAACAGUGAAUGUCCAGCAACUUGUCUGUUGCUGGUGCAAUUCGACUUUAUACUGUAGCUAUUGUGUUAGUGUCUAGAUGAUUUAAUUGCUACUGAAUAUAUUGCUUUGUGCAUUGUGUUUCAUAUGAGAAAAAGAUUACCCAAAAUGUAGAUACUUUAAGAAAAUAUUUAUUUUAUAAUGUUGGUCUAAUAUUUUGACUCGUCUUCUUCUAAAUCUAUUUUAAUUUUAGACUGUUUCUUCCAUAUAACUGAUAUUAUGUACUAUAAAAAAUAAAUAAAAUGAGGAAGCAAAGCUGUGCUAUUACCAAUGAUUUGUCACUGUCCUUAACUGACUGAAAAUAAAUUGGAUCAAAGACAUCACUUCACUACCAAAUACCACAAAUCAGUAUGGCUGAAAAGGCGUAGGUUGCACUAGAUUUGCCGACUCUGCCACCCAGCAGUCUUUCAGUGUAAUUACUGGUGUCAUAACAACGCCUGGAGGUGGCCUAAUACUGGGCUAGAACUUGAUGGACCGUAAAGCCCCUAGUCCUGCUUCUAGAGAGCAACUCCUUCAGUAAUGAUGGCAGAAAUGCUGUAGCACUACUUAAUGUAUUCUAAAUAUUUUUACUGAAAACAGUUUAUACCAUGGAGUGACACUCCACCUUAGCAACACAUGUACGAUACAUGCCUACUGUAUGGACCUCUCCUCACACAGCAAAUUUCUUCAUCUAGCUCCUAGCCACCAUAUCUCUGGGCAAAUAUGGGAGUUUCCUGAACAUUCCGGGAGACUAGACAAGUAUAAUAGGGCUUUAGGGGGAUAUCCUGUUAGCAGCAGUACUUUACUGCUGCUAAUAGGUUUGCCAGGGGCUAUCCUGUUAGACCUGAUGCCGGCACUUAUUGUGUAUUAUGCUUGUUGUGCCUCAGGCACACAAAGCAUAAUCCCUCGAUAAGCAGCUACCGGAGCCGGGAUAACACAUGGGAUCGGGAACUUAUCCCGGAUCCCAUGUGUUUUUGUAUGAUCGCAGAUCCAAUUUCGUCUGUUAAAAAUGACCUCUAUAUGGAUACCGAGAUAAUGACAGUCGGUCCAAAAUCGUGAUACUCAGCCCUAUUUAACAUCCGAAAAUGCAGCGGGAGUAAUUGGAUACCCCACCUUAUUAAUGUUGAUUCUUGUAGAACUAAAUAACACUGUGGCAGGGUAACAGACACUGAAUAAUACAACUUCUUAUGCUUUAUAGUAUGACUGACCUGUCACCUACAUAUAGUGCAUCUGUUUAAUAUUCAUGCAGAUAAUACGUACAUAAAGGCGAUUACUGCAUGUAUGCAGGAUUGGUGAAUAUUAGGCAGUUUCUUGGUAAUUCAUUCCCUAGGAAAGUAGUAAAAUCGUGAGCCUCUCAAUAUAAUGCCUUCCUGUUGAAUCGAUAAGAGGAAUAUUGGUUCAACCCCCAAAAAUGUUGACUCAGUUGUGUGGAGGUGCCAGGUAGUCUCUAAACAAAAAAACAAACAAACAGAUAUCCUUUUAUUUCAGAUGUCACCACACAGAACUUUGUACUUAAAAAAUAAAAAAGAGAGAAACACCAAUAUAUUUGAUAUUAAGUUCUACAUAGUGGAUAGAGGUUUUUAUUUAAACAAAAUCUUUGUGGUACCUUUGUGUAUGUAGCGCAUGAGAGGCUCCAGAUUCUUAUAUAGAUAUACCCCUAGAAUGAGAUCAUUUUAGUGCCAUAUUUCUAUUUUUGGGAGGUGAUUUGAGAUGCUUAAAUCAUCCCAGUUUCUUAAACAUGCAUCUGUGUUAAUAUAUUUUGAGUUUAUAUUUUAUAGGGAGUAAUUGCAAUGCUGUCACUGUCUUAGAUUAUUGGUGGUCGGGAGAUUCCUAGGUGGGUACUGAAUUAUGGCAAGGCCACGAGGUGUUGGUAUUCCGACAGUUUCUCCUGCACGUUGCGGCCACCCACAUUACAGAUGUUCCUUCACACCCUUCAUAGAGGUGUGCAGUAAAGUCUGCGAUGUUGGGGUGCUGUAAUAACCAGGAUGUGUGCAUUUGCACAUCAUUACCACAUAAAAUGGAAUAUAUACAUAUAACAAUCAUAGCCACUAAAAAUUAUAUAAUAAGCCUACACUAUCUAUUCACUUCUCCUUUUUGUUUUGUUUUUUAUUCUUGAAACUUCAAAGGCAUUUGUAAAAAUUAUUUAUUAAACAUUCAUUAAAAUUGUAACAAAAGUCUAAGAGUAAAAAUUCACAAACAUGUAAUGUUCUAGGAGCUUAUCACAACUACAGAUAUAAUGUAUUAUUCACACGGGAUUUCCAGUGUUGAAGGACACUGCAAUAAGGCUCUGAGGACAAAUACUGUACUUAUCUCAUGGUGGACUAAUAGGGAGUUUUGCAGAUUACUUUGCCACGUUGCAAACAUCACAUUCCCACAAUAUCUAAUUGAAAAUCCUGGAUUAUAACAGCUGCCUGUGUUUCCUAUACUUCUACACACACACACUGCCUGCACAACAGAGCUCUGCAAACAACCAUAUACUGUAUGUACAUAUACAUCAUUUAGUCUGUUAGACCAGGCUGGUCCAGUUCACGGAGUACUGUGUCAGUAUAGCUGGAAGACAUAGAACAUAGACGUGGGGUAUGCUUAUAAUCUGUGUUAUUGGAAGCGCUUGAAAACCAGUAGCGUUAUUGUCCGCGCCUUCCUAGAUUUAAUAGCUCUUGCUAGAUACUGUAUGAUGGGAAGAGGUGACGGACACCAGCAAAUGUGAAGAGUGUGAUCCAUCUGUUAAUGUGUCUACUUAAUGUGCCGUGUUAAUGUGUAGAUGUGCAAUGUAUAUGAAUCUUUUUGGUCUUUUCCAUCUUGCCUUCAUUGAUGCAAAACAAAUAAAUAAAUGUCUUAUCUAGAAGAGCAUAGGUGACCUCUAUGUACAGCCAAAGCAGUAGAUUUAAGCUUGAUUGUAGUGGUAUAUCACAAACAAUGUACCUCUUAUAGCACACAACCUAAACCUCAAAUAUGUCCGUUACCUAUAAAAAUUAUAAUGAAAAAAUGAUGGUCUUCAUAUUAAUUGCCUCUGUCACCUGAGUGUGUUUGAUACAGAUAAUUGUGUAGAGAAGAUGGCGUUGCCAAUAACACCAUUCAUUUCCUUUUAUUUUCCAGUCUCUUAAAUAAAAAUUGUAGAAUUGAA